GUGUGCAAAGAGAAACGUCAAACAAAAUUAUCUAUUUUUCAGUCAAAUUGCAAAUUAGUUUUUGCCCACUCUGAGUAUUUGAUUUCUGUUCGUAUUUGGGAAAAUUCGCAAUUGAAUUUAUUAAUUAAUUUUAAUAAAUAGUUAAUGAUGAAUCUGGUCCUCUUUGAUUCCUUCAGGGAAUAGAGACAAUUCAAGUGUGGAAGUGGAAUAUAUUUGCAUUGAAAUACGACAAAACAACGACGGCAAGUGAAAAGUACGAGCGAAAAAAAAACUUUUUUUAAAGAAGCAAAAACAAAAAGUAAAGAAAAAACACUCAUACGCCUUAAAAACACACAGUAGUGAAAAAAGCAACAACUACAAGAAGAGCAGCAGCGGCAGCGGCAACAACACUACAUCUUGAGGAAGAGAUUAAAACGCGAAAUACCGACCGAUCGAGUAAACGAAUUCAGAAAAGUUUUUCUUUUCAUUUGCAAAAAAAAAAAGAAACAAACCGAAACCCAUAAAAGUCGAUAAAAAAUAAAAAGGGGGCAGUGGAGGCUGCAGUUGGAACGGCGGAAAAGGCAAGAAAAUAAAUAACAAAGACUCAAAUCAAGGCCAUCAUUGAGGAAAAAAGAAAAUUAAACAAAACUAGUCGACACAUUAAUUGAAAUUUUAAACGACAGCAGCGACGACGACGACAACUACGACGCGAGGAGGAGAGUACAAGCAGUACAAGCCACCAUCCAACAAUAGGUUGCAAAUACACAACAACAUAUCCAAAGAGAGUGCGAGAGAAGGUAGCCGCAGCAGCUAGAGUUGUCGGCAAACACAUACAAAGGCAGCAGCGGAGAGGAAGAGACCGGCUUAGAAUUCAAAUCCGAGCUAGUGGAGGCGUUUUGCCGCAACCACUGUCAAUGUCCGGUAAUCAAGCUCAGAUCGGUGCUGGAGGUGGCAAUAGUGGCGGUGGUGGUGGUGGGGGCAGUGCUGAACAGCAGCAACAGCACACACCACCCCAGAUAAUAGCCUCUGGUGCGACAGCAACCUCCAGUUCAUCAGCAGAUGCCGUCAAUAUGGCAGCUGAUUCAUCGCCUCGCGAAUCGGGUGACGACUCGGAGGAUGAAAGUGAAAUUUUGGAAGAGUCUCCCUGUGGGAGAUGGCUGAAGCGGCGCGAGGAGGUCGAUCAACGUGAUAUACCCGGCAUCGAUUGUGUCCAUCUGGCUAUGGACACCGAGGAGGGUGUCGAAGUCGUCUGGAACGAGUUGCAAUACAGCAGUAUACAGGAACUCAAGUCGCAAGAGGAAAAAAUGCGUCAGGUCUUCGAUAAUCUCCUACAGCUGGACCACCAGAACAUAGUCAAGUUCCAUCGCUAUUGGACAGACAUACAGAAUCCGGAAAGGCCGCGUGUGAUAUUCAUAACGGAAUUCAUGUCGUCUGGUUCUUUAAAACAGUUCCUUAAACGCACCAAGCGUAACUCCAAGCGCCUCCCCCUGGAGGCUUGGCGUCGCUGGUGCACACAAAUUCUUUCAGCGCUUAACUAUUUGCAUUCCUGCGUACCGCCCAUCAUCCACGGCAAUCUAACCUGUGAUAGCAUUUUCAUCCAGCACAACGGUCUGGUCAAAAUCGGCACAGUGGUGCCCGAUGCAGUCCAUCAUAGCAUCCGCCAACAGCAACAGCACAAAGCGGUUGAACAUGGUGCCCUACACUUUAUGGCUCCCGAAUAUGGUGCAGUCCGCCAGCUAACGGCUGCCGUUGAUAUUUAUGCGUUCGGUAUGUGCGCCCUGGAGAUGGCCGCGCUGGAAAUCCAAAACAGUGAGCCAAAUACCACGAUACACGAGGAGACAAUAUUAAGGACGAUCAAUAGUUUGGAGAACGACUUGCAGCGGGAUCUGAUCUAUAAGUGUUUGCGAAGGAAUCGUUCGGAAAGGCCUAAAGCCAGUGAUUUACUUUUUCAUCCGCUAUUAUUUGAGGUGCAUUCUUUAAAAUUACUGGCCGCUCAUUGUCUGAUAUUUUCCUCAUCGAAUCGUACAAUGUUCUCGGAAACCGUUAUCGAUGGAAUGAUGCAACGGUACAAUCGGCCCGAGGUGAUAAUGGCUUAUGUGAAAUUUUCUCGAAAUCCUGAAGCAACAGAGGAGGAACAACAGCAGCAGCAACAGACAGCAAAUGCAGAAUCGCCAACAUCAGGGGAGAGUGGUGUUGUUGAAGGCGCUGGUGGUGGUGAGGAACAGGGUCAAUCCAGUCCCAAGGCCUAUAUACGAGAAUAUCGCCUGUCCGAUGUACCCUCUGCCGAUAAAUUGGAAAAAUUCGUUGAGGAUGUCAAAUAUGGUGUUUAUCCGUUGACGGCGUUUAGCGGUAAGAAGCCACCACAUUUCCGAUCACGAGCCGCCUCACCAGAACGGGCAGAUUCGGUGAAAUCUGCCACCCCGGAACCUGUAGAUAUUGAAUCGCGACGCAUUGUCAAUAUGAUGUGUAGCGUUAAGAAACUAAAGGAGGGCAGCAAUGACAUACUGAUGACCAUUCUAUUGCGCAUGGAUGAUAAAAUGAAUCGCCAGCUAUCGUGUGAUGUUACAGAGAAUGAUACGGCGGCUGAUUUGACACAGGAGUUGGUGCGUUUAGGUUUUGUACAUAUUGAAGAUCAGGACAAGAUACAGGCACUGUUGGAGGAGACAUUGCGUAGCACCUUUUCGGAGGGUGGUGCUGCAUUUGGGGAGUAUGGGGCCCAGGAGAGGACAUUUAGUGCUACAAUCAAUGAACAGCAACAACAGCAGCAGCAACAGGGUGGUAGUAGUACCACCACAACGAUUGCCGGUAAUACUAACAACAACAAUAAUAACAAUAGCAGUAGUAAUAACAACAAUAACAAUGCCAUAAUGAUGAUGACGACGACAAAGACAUUGCCAACAGCAGUGGUACCCCAACAACUCCAAGCCCAGCCACAGGCAGUUACGACCACAUCAAGCCCAGCCGUUAAUAUGGCAACAUUACAGCAAAUGGAACGGAAUUGGUCGGUGGCCGAUAGUGAUACAACAACAUCAUCGGCGGCGGCAGCCAUGAUGAUGCGUGGUCAUAAUCCAUCACAAAUCAACUCCACCAUAGCCUCACCCCUGCCUCCAAAUGCCACGGCUGCAGCAACGGCUGCCUUGGGUUUGACGGGUACUGUGACCGUGCCCAUGGUGGCCUCAGAUCCCUUGGCCGGCCAUGUUAUGUAUGUGCCCCAUGAUCAGUUGCAGCAGAUCCAUGCCCCACAACAUCAUACCCAGCAAUUGUCGCCCCCACAACAGCAGCAGCAGCAAAUGCAUCAGCACAUAGAUCCCUCAAUGUUGUCCAUGGAUGUACCAGACAAUAGUGCAGCAGCUGCAGUUAGUCAUCAUCAACAUCAUCACCAGCAGCAUCAACAACAACAAUACAUGAAUCCCGUUAAUGUUUCAAUGGUCGCCAACAAUCCAGCCAUGUAUCAGCCGCCUCCCCACUUAACAAAUAUCUCCGUUACCCACUCGCCCCAAACCAAUGCCACACCAGCUGCUUCCUUUGCAUCUCCCUCGACCACAAUCAACUAAUACAUUGAGUAUUUGGAAUUAUAAUCCUAGAAGAAGCAAACAAGUAAAGUAAAGUAAAUGUGGAAUAAUUCUCCUCCCCCCUCUCUCUCUCCCUCGCUUUGCCUCCUCAGCAUAGUUUGUUUUAAGUAAGUUUUUUGCAAAAGAAAGAAAAAAGUACUAAACUCAUAUUUUAAAUAGAGUCCUUUUUUUAAGUGUAAGAACAUAUUUUAAUGCUAGGUGUCCUAGAGGUCCUUUCAUGCACCAACCCCGCCCUACCUUCUCUGCUUGUUUUUAUUUCAUUUCCCCACAUAGGUACAUUGUAUUGAGUACAGUCAGCUUGAACGCACUUCGAUUAACAUAGUCCCUCCCGCCCCCUGUUAUCUUAGCAAUAAGUUUUGAAAACAAAAAGAAAACAUGCCAGAAUGGCAAACGAGUCCUUGUCAAAAUUUAUAUUGAAGUAAAGAAAAAUACUAAAAAAACAUAAAAUAAAACUUUAAAGAAAGAGACUGUCUAAACGAGUAUAUAGUUAUUUAAUUAAUUUUAUUCGUUUUCUUUUUUGUUGUAUUGUUUAUUUUGUUAAAAUAUUGUUUCCUUUUUUUAUUUUAAACUUCUUAACUUACAAGUCAAACAAACAAAAAAACCACAAAAAUAAAAAAGAAAAACUAACAAAGAAAAAACAUUAAAAUCUAAUAAGAGUUUUAUGGAAUCCAACAAUACCACACACACAACCCAUUAGCGAUAACUUUGGUACUUUUAGAGUAGAGUAAAAAACAAAAACUACAACAAGAAUAAGAAAAAAAUAUUAAAUAAACAAAUAAAACAAAAAGGCUUCCAAAAAGGCAAAUAUAACAAAAAAUGAGAAAGAAAAAAAAACUAAAGUAAAUUAAAAAAAUAUUAAAGAUAAACACAUUAUUUCAUUAUUUAAACAAUGACAGCAUAGUAUCGACGUGGUUGUCACCGCGUUGUCGUCGUCGUCGCCGUCGCCUAUCCAUUAAAUAAAGACAAGAGAAAACCAAAUACCACAGAAAAAAAAAUCUCCAUAAAUUGCUUGAUAAAUAAAAUCCCUAAGAAAACAGAUUUUUCAAAUUACGCUGUGUAAACUAAAACAAAAAUAAUAUUUAUAUAUAUUUAAUGACUGUGACUACUCAUAUAUAUAUUAAAACAAAAAACAUAAAAUAUACAUUUCUAAGCAUACACAUAAUGAACCAUUUGAUUGAUGAUUAAGUGAAACAGACAGACACACACUCAACCCCAUAAAGGUCCCUUCUUUAACUUCUUUUCUCGGUCCCAAACCAACAAUAAUAAGAAAAAGAAGAAAAACAAAACAACAGUUAAGCGCUUUAUUAUUACUAAAAGUUAUUAUUAUUAUUACUAUUAUAAUUCUAAUUAUUAUUAUGAUUAUUAUUGAUAAUGAUCAGUAAAUAAAUCUUUACAUUAAAAAGGAAUAAAAAUCGAAAACACAAUCCCCUCCCCCUUUCUGCCCACACUCUUCUUAAAACCCAAAUGCAAUACAGUCAUGUGGUGAUGCAGGAAACUCAAUGCAAAAAGCUGUUCUUCAGAACUCAAUUAACCCAAAUUUGAAAAGAAAAAAAAAAACACAACAACAAACGAACACACCAUGUAAUAGAAAACAACAAGAAAAAUAAAACCAAUAGCUUAUAUUUAAAUGUAUUUAUUGUAAUUCAUCAAACCAACAAACCAACAUUUUUAAAUUCAAACAAUCAUACAGCUAACAUAUUAUUAAUUAUUAUAUAAAUAUAUAUUUUUUUGUGAAAGCAAAUGCCAUUUCUAUAUAAUAAUAAUAAUGAUAAAUAAUAAUUCUAUUUUGCAAUAACAAACAAACACACACACACACGACAUACAUACAUAAAGUCAUCUGAUAAAAGAAGUAUUACUGCGAAAGAAAAACAAAAACAAAAGAGAAAACAUUGUAGAAAGUAAUACAACAAAUCAUAUAUUUCAUAGAAAGAAACAAAAAAAGAACUCAUUACAAAUAAAAAAAAAACAAAAACAAAAAAUUCAUAUAAUGAAGACAAAAAACCAAAUAAAUAAA